UGACACGUAAUCGUUUAAUUUAAUGAGAGUCACAUACAGAAAAUGUCUGAUAAAGUAACAGGUAUACCUGUAAAAAGAAAGACAAAGUUUGUUGACAAUAGUCAGAACAAAAGUGGAACUAAAACAGAUAGCAACUUUGUUAAUAAAUCUCAAAAAUCCGGACAAUCAUCCCCUGACAAAAGGGGUAACUCAGCUGAAAUGGGAAGAGAAGGGAAUAUGUCAAAGUCAGCGAAUGAAAAACAGAAUAGUGGUGUUGAACAAACUACAGAAAAUGGAGUACAAGAUUCUGCUGGAAACAAAACAGAAAAAAAUAUGUCAUCAUUUGAAUGUUCUAAUGGUGUUGCAUCCCUUACUUACAGCAGUGAUCAAAAUGUUUUAUAUUAUGCUGUAUUAUCAGUAGUUACAGUAUUAGGUUUCGCAACAAGGCUUUAUAAACUCGAUGUUCCAGCAUGGAUUUGUUGGGAUGAGACUCAUUUUGGAAAGAUGGGCAGUUGGUACAUCAAUCAUACUUUUUUCUUUGAUGUGCAUCCUCCACUUGGAAAGAUGCUGAUAGCAUUUGCAGGUCAUUUGUCAGGUUAUAAUGGUACAUUUCCCUUUGACAAACCUGGUGAUCUCUAUGGUGACACACCAUAUAUGGGCAUGAGACUUAUGUGUGCAUGUAUGGGAGCUGCCCUGAUACCUCUAGUAUAUAUGUCAACCUGGUUGUUAUGUCAAUCUAUAACUGCAGCUCUUAUUGCAUCUUCCCUUGUCAUUUUUGACCUGGGUAUUAACACUCUUACACGAUAUAUUUUGUUGGACCCGAUUCUCAUGUUCUUCAUCAUGGUAUCAACUUACACACUACUGAAGUUUCUCUCAUACAGGGACAGUCCAUUUUCUGUUUACUGGUGGUUCUGGUUAAGUGUUACAGGUGUUUUUCUCUCAUGUGCCAUAGCAGUUAAGUUUGUAGGCCUUUUUGUUAUAUUGCUGGCUGGUUACAGUACUAUAGAUGACCUCUGGAGGUUGCUAGGCAACCAGAAAUUACCUUUGACUGAGAUUUUAAAGCAUUUUAUAGCAAGAGCAUUUUGUCUGAUUGUCAUACCAGUCAUCUGUUAUAUGAUCUACUUUGCAAUACAUUUUGCUGUCCUUUAUAAAAGUGGUUCAGGAGAUGGUUUCUACAGCUCACAGUUCCAGUCACAACUUGAAGGGAACCGGCUAUACAACAUCAGUAUGCCCGAUAACGUAGCUUAUGGGAGCAGAGUUUCAUUGAAACAUCAGCGUACAGGUGGGACAUAUCUUCAUUCACAUGCACAUUUAUAUCCUGAAGACCACCCACCUAGACAACAGCAGGUGACUGGCUACAGCCACAAGGAUGAGAACAACAUGUUCCGUAUAAAACCAUCACAUUAUGAAACUGCUCAGGAUAAUUCAUACCCCAUAUUUGUUAAAAAUGGAGAUCUUGUUAGACUUGAACAUGUGCCAACCAGACGUAAUCUACACAGUCAUAGGGAACCAGCACCCCUGACAUCAAGACAUUUCCAGGUGUCUGGUUAUGGACAUGAUGGUAGAGGUGAUGCCAAUGAUAUAUGGCAGAUUGUUGUUCCUGGGGCUGUGGAAGGAGCUCAGAUUAAAGUUGUACAGUCCAAGUUUAAGCUCAUACACUACCAUGUGAAAUGUGCUCUCUAUGCUCAUGACAAAAAGUUACCAAAAUGGGGCUUUGAGCAGCAAGAAGUGACUUGUAACCCUGACACAAAAGACAGUAAAACAUUAUGGAGCGUAGAGGAGAUCAGAGAUCAAAGAUUGCCUAAUGUAAGUUUUGAAGUGUACAAACCAUCGUUCUUGGACAUGUUUAUAGAAAGUCAUGCUGUUAUGACACAGGGAAAUGCUGGACUGAAACCUAAGGAAGGAGAGGUAACAUCAAGACCAUGGCAGUGGCCUAUAAACUGGAAAGGUCAGGUUUUCUCUGGAAACGACCAUAGGGUGUAUCUCCUAGGCAACCCUGUGAUAUUUUUUGGACUGUUGGUGAUAAUGCCCUUAUUUCUGGUCAUUUACCUGGUACAUUCUAUGAAAGUUCAAAGGGGAGUGAAAACAUCAAAAGAAGUUGCAGAAUUUAAGGAGCGUACAUUUAGUGCGUGCUGGUGGGCAAUGAUUGGCUGGGGUUUACAUUACCUUCCAUUCUGGCCUAUGACAAGAGUUCUCUACUUCCAUCACUAUUUCCCAGCACUCUUGUAUAGCUGUAUGCUGGCAGGUAUCAUUUUGGAUUAUAUAAUCAAAAUGCUGUGUCAUAGUCUACCUAGAUCAUUAUCUAUGUUGGUAUUCCAUACAUGUCUAGGUUUAAUCCUCUCUGUCACUGCAUACAGUUUCUAUGUGUUUCAUCCACUGUCUUACGGAAUGAGUGGUCCACAUGCCAACCAUCCAGACAGUGACAUGCAUGGACUUAAAUGGCUGGACACAUGGGAAAUAUAAAAAAAACUUCUAUGUUUGGAUAUUUGGACUCUGAAUAGUGUAAAAAUAAGAGGAUAUUCUAAAUAUUUAUGAACUAUUAUGUAUAAUACACAUAAUUAUAUUCAUGUAAAUAAGUUCUGAUCAAAAUAUUCUGUGUUAAAUAGGUUGCAGGCAAUCUAUUAAUAGUAUCUGUCUUAUGUUGAAUUUUUUUUUUGCCAUUAUUAGCUUGUCUGUUUCUAAGAAAAAGUGAAGGUAUUAUAAUUGCUGGGUUGGUUGUUGUUGUAAUGCAAAAACUGUAAGGUACAUGUAGCCCAUUAAUAGAGCACUUUUUAAAGGUGUCAACAUGAAACUUUGCAUGCUUGCUUAUCAUGGCAAUGUCAAUUUGUAAGACAAAGAGUAAUAUAUUGGUGUUAUGUUCCUUUUUUAACUUGGAAAAUUUGUGAAAUUGUGUAUUAAGUAGACUAACUCUAAAACUCUCAUAAGACAUAGAAUGCUUGCUUAUCAUGACGAGGCAUAAUUAUAAGAUACGGGGAUUUAUGCUGACUGUAAUGACCCUUUUUAACUGUUUUGUGGUUCCUUGAUAAAAAAAUUUAAAAACUUUCAAAGAUACUGCACUCAUCCUUAGCAUAUUUGCUAAGUAGGACAAGGUACAUGUACAUCUGUAGAACAAAAGACAUAAAUAAGUAAUUAGUAUUUCUACAGUUGUUUCCCUUUUUUUCACAUGGAUAGUUAUUGCGAACAUUUACAGUCACAAAGUUAUUUAAUUUAUUGUGAAAUGAAGUGUAUAACAGCCAUAGUACACCUGUAUUCAAUUUUUAAGUUCUUGCCCUUUAUAUACAGCAUUUGUACCACAGGGGUGCUCUCUUCUUUUACUGAAAUACAAGAAAAAUAUCUUAGGCAGUGUACAGUGCCUUCCUAAAUAUUGUUAACAUUAAGUAGAACAUUUAACUCUACUUAAUGUUUAUAUUUAGUUUCUUGUUGGGACACAAGAAGAAUUAAACUUUCUGACAAACAUGUGAAAUUAUUUUUAAAAACAACAAAUAAUGAAACAGUCUGUGUAAGAAAGUGGCAUCACUGUAGAUAUUUAAUACCACACUACCAUUGCCAAAAUACUUUAGACAAGUUGUUGAAUUUUUUUCAUAUUCUUAAACUAAUUAAUAACCAGUGUUUAAAUAUUUCUUUUUUGUUAUGCAAUGAAUAUAUCGACUACAUUUAGGUAUGUUAUUUUGAGAAAAACAAAUUUUUGCAUGAUUUACUAUACUUUGAUAAAUUUUAUUCAUGCUUUUUAUAGACUCUUUGAGAAGGAAUGAUGGAAAUAUUCUAUAAACAUUUUGAUGUUACCUUUCCUGGUAUUUUCAUAUACAUUUUGUAUCUACCAUUUUCAAUAUUUUUGUUUGAAUUGGUAUAUAGUUGUUUUAUAUAUGAAUUUUAUUUUAUCACAUUAGGGACACAAAAUGUCAUGAGAUGUUGUAACCACUUUGGACGCAAAUAUGAGCCGUGUCACGACAAAACCAACAUAAUGGGUUUGCGACCAGCAUGGAUCCAGACCAGCCUGCGCAUCCGCGCAGUCUGAUCAGGAUCCAUGCUGUUCGCUUACCAACCCUUUUACAAGUAGAGAAACUGAUAGCGAACAGCAUGGAUCCUGAUCAGACUGCGCGGAAGCGCAGGCUGGUCUGGAUCCAUGCUGGUCGCAAACGCACUAUGUUGAUUUUGUCGUGAAGCGGCUCAUAUAUUUAUUUGAUAAAAGAGAUGGAGGUUCUCACUAUUACAUAGUUAUAUAUUGUUUAUUUCAUGUAUUUGUCAGUUAAUUUCAUAUGGCCAUUUUACAGUGGUAGAGGAAGUAACAUAUACCAGUUUGCAAGGCAACCAGGAAUAACUGUACUCCAAAAUAAGAUAAUGUGUUUAUUUUUUUACGAGCAAAAUCUUGAUUUAUAUUAAAGCGAUAUUCUGACCAAAACUAAAAGUUUUGAAUAAACUAUUUUGUUUAUCUAGCAAAUCGGUCAAUGUAUGGAGGGGCACCUGCCCUCUACUUCCUGUAGAACAGCUGGAAAAUUGCCAUAUGACUUUAAUUAUGUUUUGUAACUUACACAUCAGCCACAAAAUAGAUCUUGUUGCUCAUAUUUGGUAUCAUUUUAUAUGUGUUAUAUUUUUUCAAAAUAUUUUGACAAUCAUGAGUGUAAAUUGUAUUGAUUUUCAGUGAAAUUAUUGAAAAUUAAUGCAGAAAUAACACUUACUUUCAGGAUUUUAAGAUUUUAUGAUUAAGAAUAUAAAAUGUUUUACUUCAGGAUUUAUUAUUAAGAAUAUAACAUGUUUUACAGUGAAAAUAGAAAAUGGAACAAAUUUUCCAUUAACCUAGGAAUUAAAAAUGAUAUGCUUUGUUGGUGGGUGUAAUGUAAACAGAUAAAAUUGAAAGUUUAGCCAAGAUUUAAGUUUAUGUUUGAAGUUUUCUGCUAAAUUAUAUGUAUGAAUAUUGUUUUCCUUAAGAAUUAAGGUAUAUAAUUUCCUUUCCUGCCUUUGGUUAGGUGAAAGGAACAGUGAGUUAAGCUAUACAGAGAACACAUUUGAUGACAAGCUGGUAAAAUUAUAAUAGUUUAAAACAUAUAACUGGCAAAUUAUAAUGGUUUAAACUAAAAACUGAUAAAAUUAUAAUGAUUUA